AUGGAGACGCGCGGAGGCGCUUGGGUGGUGAUGGCGGGCUGGUGUGUCUUCUCCUCGGGAGCUGUGACUGCUUUCCUCCUGUGGGUCCUUCUUCGAGUCUCUCAGGCCCAGGGCUACUUCUUGCCUUUCCGGCAGCCGGAAACGUGCGACCACAACCAGUACUUCGAUAUCUCGGCGCUCACCUGUGUCCAGUGCGGGGACAACCAGAAGCAGGAUGCCCAAGGAACUUCAUGUGUGUGUCUACCAGGAUUUCAGAUGAUCUCUAGUAAUGGAGGACCUGACAUUAUUUGUAAAAAGUGCCCAGACAAUAUGAAGGGUGUUACUGAAGAUGGUUGGGACUGCAUUUCUUGCCCUAGUGGCUUAACUGCAGAAGGAAAAUGCCACUGUCCCACUGGCCAUAUUUUAGUGGAAAGAAAUGUUAAUGGAACAUUGUUGCCUCAAGCAAAUUGUGAGCUUUGUGAUGAUACUGAAAACUCUUUUACAAAAGCAAAUGCUUUAGAAAACAGGUGUAUCCGAUGUGAACCAACAUUCAUUAAUGCCAGCAGGUCCUGUGCAUGUUCAGAACCUAACAUUUUAACAGGAGGAUUAUGUAUCAGUAACAAAGGGAGUUUUCCUUCACAUUUACUUUCAACUGCACGUCUUGGAGAGCUUGGUAUGUCUUCAGCUUCAGAAUGGUUUGCAAAGUAUUUGCAGUCAACAGCAAUUGCAUGUUGGAUGUAUGCCAAUCUAACGUCUUGCCAAGCUCUUGGAAAUAUGUGUGUGAUGAACAUGAAUUCUCUUGACACUGUCACAUUUGAUGCAUGUCGACUAUUUCAGUUAGUCUUUGAAAAGACUGCUGGACUGAGCACUGUUCAUUCUAUUUCAUUUUGGAGACAGAAUCUUCCAUGGCUAUUUUAUGGAGAACAGGCUGGAUUGGCACCUCAAAUACUCAGUACUGCUCCUCUUCCAGCAAAUUUUAGUUUUACAGGACAAAACCAGAAUACAAAACUGAAGUUUGUUGCUGCUUCCUAUGAUAUAAGAGGAUAUUUUCUCAAGUGGCAAACUUUAGAAGGAGGUGUUUUACAGCUUUGUCCAGACACUGAGACAAGACUAAAUGCUGCUUAUUCUUUUGGAACAACCUAUCAACAAAGUUGUGAGAUUUCUAUCUCUAAAAUAUUAGCUGACUUUCCUACUCCUGUAUUUUAUGAUAUUUAUCUUGAAUAUACUGAUAAAAAUCAACACCAAAAUAUUUGGGCUGUGCCUGUAUUAAACCUAAAUCUUCAACACAAUAAACUGUUUGUGAACCAAGACAGUGACCCUAGCAAGUGGAUUCUGACUCGGCGCAUUUUCUUAGUAGAUGCAAUAAGUGGACGAGAAAAUGACUUAGGAAGUCAGCCAAGAGUAAUUAGAAUUGCUACCCAAAUAUCACUGAGCAUCAGCCUUGUGCCAAACACAAAAAAUGGAAACAUAUAUCCUCCCUUAAUCACUAUUGCCUACAAUGAUAUUGAUAUCAAAGACCCCAAAAGCCAGUCUGUUAAGGUUUCUUUCUCAGUCAAAUAUGAAAUGAAUCAAGGGGAAGCAUUUGUCCAGACAAAUAUUGCUUUGGGUGUUUUGGGUGGACUAGCCAUUUUAUCAUCUCUCUUGAAGACAGCAGGGUGGAAGAGACGCAUUGGAAGUCCCAUGAUUGAUUUACAGACAGUUAUGAAAUUCUUGUUGUACUAUGCUGGUGAUCUGGCCAAUGUUUUUUUUAUCAUCACAGUGGGAACUGGUCUUUACUGGAUUAUUUUCUUCAAAGCACAGAAGUCUGUCUCUGUUUUGCUACCAAUGCCAGUUCAGGAAGAACAUUUUGUUACUUAUGUAGGAUGUGCUUUUGCCCUAAAGGCUCUGCAAUUUUUGCAUAAGAUCAUAUCCCAGAUUACCAUAGAUAUAUUCUUUAUUGAUUGGGAGCGACCGAAAGGAAAGGUUCUUAAAGCCGUUGAAGGUGAGGGUGGUGUACGGAGUGCCACUGUUCCUGUAAGCAUAUGGAGGACAUAUUUUGUAGCAAAUGAAUGGAAUGAGAUUCAGACUGUAAGAAAAAUCAAUCCACUUUUUCAAGUACUUACUGUGCUCUUCUUUUUGGAGGUUGUGGGAUUCAAGAACUUAGCAUUAAUGGACUCAUCCUCUAGUCUUUCUAGAAACCCAUCUAGCUACAUAGCUCCCUAUAGCCGCAUCCUGAGAUAUGCAGUGACUACUGCUCUUUGGCUAGUCAUUGGAAUUAUACAGAUUGUGUUCUUUGCUGCUUUUUAUGAGAGAUUUGUGGAGGAUAAAAUUCGACAAUUUGUUGAUUUAUGCUCUAUGAGUAAUAUAUCGGUGUUUCUGUUAUCCCACAAAUGUUUUGGAUAUUACAUUCAUGGUAGAUCAGUUCAUGGGCAUGCAGAUACUAAUAUGGAAGAAAUGAAUAUGAAUCUUAAAAGAGAAGCGGAAAAUUUGUGUAGCCAGAGAGGUUUGGUGCCCAACACAGAUAAUCAGACUUUUCAGAUUGCAGUUUCUGGCCAGAUGAGACAACACUAUGACAGAAUUCAUGAGACUUUGACAAGGAAAAAUGGCCCUGCUAGACUAUUGAGUUCAUCAGCAAGUACUUUUGAGCAGAGUAUAAAAGCAUAUCAUGCGAUGAAUAAAUUUCUUGGCUCUUUCAUUGAUCAUGUUCAUAAGGAAAUGGAUUACUUCAUAAAAGACAAGUUGCUUCUUGAAAGAGUUCUUGGAAUGGAAUUCAUGGAGCCAAUGGAAAAAAGCAUCUUUUACAAUGAUGAAAGUUAUUCCUUCAGCAGUAUGCUAUAUUAUGGAAAUGAAGCCACUCUUCUUAUUUUUGAUCUGUUGUUCUUCUGUGUUGUGGAUUUGGCUUGCCAAAAUUUCAUUUUAGCAGCCUUCCUUACAUACCUACAACAAGAGAUUUUUAGAUUUAUUCGUAAUACAGUAGGACAGAAGAAUUUGGUAACCAAAACAUUGGUGGAUCAAAGAUUUCUGAUUUAACUUAUUGAUCAUAUAAGGACUCAAUAUAAUCAUGGCAAAGAAGUCAUGAUAUCAGGUUAGUCUGGCAUAUUUUUUAAAAUCUAUAUUACAUAUUAUUCUGGUUUUAAUUAUUUUUUAUCUAUAGAUUUAUUUUUAUAACUUGUCUAUGAUCAAUAUAAUGGAAAGUAUUAUUUCCCAUUAUGUGUGGUAUUUAAUUCACUAAAUAA